CUACCGCUUCAAAAAGGACGGGUGGUGUGUCUAUGUUUUUAUGUUACAUUGUCCUAUCAUGUCCAUGUAUCAGCUCUUUUUUGUUAUGUCAAGAGUGUUUGUGUAAAUUCAUAAGCAAUGCAAACUGUUAUAGUGGGAGCCAAACAACAGAAAAAAACACUUGAGGGAUUCUUAACACAUUCAACCUGUUCUGCUCAAGUGACGGAACCUUCUAUUUGCAUUUAAAUUGUUAAUGUUAACAGAUUUUAUUUCAAUGCCUACAAAUAAUGAGCUUGUGAGUAUCUAUCAUGAUACUCAUAGAUCCACAUGUGGUUGAAAAUCUGUGUUUAGGACAUAUACUUGCUAACACCAUAAACUCAUAUAUUAAUUGUAAACCUAACUUCUGUCUUCUGUCUGUUUUGUUGAUAUAAUGUUGUGAUGCAAUCCUACAGGGGUGAGAUCUUCGCUUAUCCCAUGUUCCUGAAGAAGGAAGUCUCUGCCAUCAGUCCUCCAACCUUCUUUUGCAUGGAUGUUAUUUGCAAAUAUUGGCCUUACACAAGCAGAAUUUGUGAAGCCUACCCUGAAUAUCAUCACCUCACUGCCAUGAACCCUUUCUGUCUGUGCUCUAUGCUAAAGCACACCGUAUCAAGUGUGAGGUAAUUUUACUUCAAUUUUGUUUUCAUUUCAGGAUGGAGCUGGUUCCACCUUGGGAGACAAGGUAGAAAAUGGUCAACUCCUUCCUCUCCAGGACUGCCUUAAACGCCAAGUUUAUGGGAAAAGGAGCCCGCACUGACAUGCUGACUGUCCAGAUCAUGGACUGGAACAAAAGAAAGGUGCAAAACAUGUGCAAUACCUUAUUCUCCAGAUUUCAUAAGACACAAAGGGACCUUCAGAGGGAUGAGACUGUGCGGCAGUGGGUCACAGAUGUACAGGAUUGGGCUGAACAUGAUUCACCAGCUGGCAGCAGUGAUUCUCUCCUGGAAGUGAGGAGAAGAAUUGAGGAGAAUUCACUGGGCCUGAGACAGCGUAUAGACUAAGUAGAAGGGGAAAAUGACCAAGACGACCAACAGAAAAUUCCCCGUCAACUAUUUAGAUAUUCUGGAAACAUUUCUUUCUACUUUUAAUUUCCUGUUGUGUUUCUAAUUAUUAUUAAUGCAGACAUCAGAGAUGAACAUAUCCGGCUCUGUUGAGCUCUACUGAGUGCCAGUCUAGUAAAUGAAUCUGGAAUCCUCUCACAAAAAACAUUUCCCCCCCACAGGGUUUGUAGUGUGAAGCUAAUGAGGUGUUUUAUAAAGGUGUGAUCGAAAACGUCAGACAAAGUGAAUCCCCUUUAUUUUAACAUGAACAGAAAAAAAAGGAGGGAGUUUAAUUUCACCGUUAGCAGCAGGACAAGCUAUUGAGUAACUCUCAUACCAUGACGGUUACUCUAUCUCUUCAGUUACUUAUAAAGCUCUGUUCAGUUAGACACACAAAGGGAUAUAAGAAUUGGGGUUAAUGAAAAUUAGUACUCCCCACGUUACAGUAAGUUUUACCCAACCUGUGUCCCUGAAAUUCAAAUAUGUGUCCCUUCUGUAUUUACAAAAACACUUUAAGCAUUUUGACACAAAACACUGGCAUGAAAAUGAAUUAAAUUUGGACACUACAGGGCUAUAUCAGGCAGUCCAUGCCCAACAUACUAUAUUGCCAUCUUUCUGCAGCACGAACCUGAGAAACGAGAAUACAUAACACAUCAGUAUCAUUACUUAGGUUUCCAUGGCUGUGACCAAACAGCUGCAGUCCAGCUGUUGUCAUGAAUGAGCUUUGCUAAUGAAAGAAUACUGCAUAGUCACAUACAGUCUGGGUUGAGAGCACAGCAUCCUGGUUUAAAUGUAAAUAACAAAAAAUCUCCUUUGGUACUCUGUUAUAAAAAAAAAAAAUUGUUUAGAGUAAGUACUAUUAUGAUAUUGUAAUUGUGAAAAUCCCCCAAAACAAACUAGAGUCAUUCGGACAUUGUUCUGACGUUUCUCAAGAUGAAUGUGGUUCAAUGUUGCUUUGACACACAGUUAGUUUGUGUUGAAAUGUAAAAUAUUACGAGUGUAAACUUUUGAUCAUUCCAAUGAAUACUAAUACCACUACGAUAGCGUUGUUGCACUUGAUUUAAUACGAAGCCAUUAUAUGAACUCACUAUUCUUCCUGUUCCGGUGGUUAGUGUUGGUGAAUGUGAAUUUCUGUCGCACAUUUACGCCAAUAGCUUUAUGUUCAGCUAGUAAGACUGCUGCGUUCAAGUUCUGGCGGAGUCGGUGUACUUAUUGGUUUCCAUCCAUCCCAAAAUGUGUUUCCAUGUCAAUAUCCCCGUCAUAAACACGAUGUGGGACCUUGACAAGCUCCAAUGUGUAUAAAAUAAGGCUGUAAAACCUAUAAUUAUCUCAUCUUAAUCAAACUAGAAUGCCUCAAACAGUCAAACGUCGGUUUAAUACUGUAGUCUAAGAAAAAAAAGUCGAAAUAGAGCUGUUUUGUUGUUAAUUAAAUAUAAUUAAUCCUACACGACCAAACUACUCCCACAAAACCGUAAAUAGUUGUCAUGUGGGGUGAAUUCUCUAGAGUCGUUCCCGUCUGACCGGUGUGACCUGAACGCGACAUAACAUUCCGCAGCCUUGGGGGCGGCAACGCGAGGGAUGUGGGGGGGGGUUCCGGCUAUUUCCUGGCAGUCGGUCUGAACCGUCAAGUGAAAUAAUAACACACAUGUGCAUCAAAGGGUGAGAGGAAAACACAGUCGCUAUAAGACAGAGAGCCACCCGGGAUCGAACCUGUGACCGUCAGGACCAGCCAUACCAAUCAUCCUGAUCCCGAUCCACGCCAGAGAUGUCGUCCGACAAGAUCGAAUACACCCCCCUGCAAAUGGAACCCUGUCCACCCUACACCCCAGGGCAGCCUGCUCACCCUGCUAUGUUUGACAUGGCCGGCCCAAUCAUGUUCCAGGGCCCUGCUCCUGGCGGCCUACCUUUCCCUCCACCGACUGCCUUUGGACCAGGCAUUGUCGGAGGUUUUGGGGCGGCCACAAACCCCCAAGGCGGCACAGGAUAUGGCUUCAAUGAUUCUUUUUCGCCAUACUCUCCACCGGGCCAAGGCAAUCCUUCAUCUUUGCCGUAUCCUCCACCAGGCCAAGGCAAUCCUUCAUCUUUGCCAUAUUGUCCACCAGGCCAAGGCAAUCCUUCAUCUUUGCCAUAUUGUCCACCAGGCCAAGGCAAUCCUUCAUCUUUGCCAUAUUGUCCACCAGGCGAGGGCAAACCAUCAUCUUUGCCAUAUUCUCCACCAGUCCAGGGCUUCAAUGCAAACUUUGACAAUGAUGAUUUCCCAAACCAGGACGACCCGCCGCCCUUCCACGAGAACAAUGACUUUGAUUUUGGAUUAGACAACAAAACCAUAAGACGAGCUUUCAUUCGAAAGGUUUUCUUGGUGUUAACUGCUCAGCUGAUGGUGACGUUUGCCUUUGUGGCAGUCUUCACCUUUGUGGAUGAAGUCAAGAUGUUCGUCCUGGUGAACACCUGGACCUACAUGGUGUCCUACGCUGUGUUCUUUGUGUCCGUUUGUGUGAUCAGCUGCUGUGGAAGCGUUCGCCGGAGACACCCUUGGAACCUGGUUGCAUUGUCCAUCCUGACCCUCAGCAUGUCCUACAUGGUGGGAAUGAUCGCCAGCUUCCACGAGACCGAGUCCGUAAUCAUGGCAGUGGGCAUCACAGCAGUUGUGUGCUUCACAGUGGUCCUCUUCUCUCUGCAGACCAAGUACGACUUCACUUCCUGUCACGGCGUGCUCUUCGUCUGUUUAAUUGUCCUGAUCUUCUUCGGCAUCCUCUGCAUCUUCAUCCGCAACAGGAUUCUGCACAUUGUGUAUGCUGGACUGGGAGCUUUGCUUUUCACCUGUUUCUUGGCCGUUGACACGCAGCUGCUGCUUGGCAACAAGGAACUGGCCCUGAGUCCGGAGGAGUACAUCUUCGCGGCUCUGACGCUGUACACAGACAUCAUCAACAUCUUCCUCUAUAUUCUGGCUAUCGUUGGACGAGCAAGAGGGGGCUGAGCGGGAGGAACUCAAUAGCUUUGAGUUCAUGUAUAAAAGUGAAUUCCCAUAAUCCUUUUAUUUUUGGCUUGUAGUGUGCAUUGAUCACAUAGUGGGAUAUUUCUUUGCUUCACCUUGUGCAUAUGUUUUCUUUUAUGAUGAUUUAGCUUUUAUAUAUGUUGUAAUUAUGGGGUUUUAUGAGGUAUAUGUCCUGUGGUACAAAACUUCACCUUGUUUUGGUAAAUCAUUUCUUCUGCUGUACGAAAAUUGACAAAAUGGUCACAACUCAAAGUCCUAGUUCCUGCUUAUUCCAGAGCUUUCGCCUCUUUCACACAGUCUUCAUCCGCAGGAGAUUACUCUUUGUAAAUGCAAUAGUACCAGUUAUGAUAUCAUCCAUUGCAGCUUUACGAAAAAAUCUAGUAAAUGGUGUCCAGAUUGUCCAGGGUCAAGAAGAAAUGUUGAUACUUAACCUAUAAACCAAAACCUAUGAAAACUGCUGAUGUUAUAGUGUAUUGGACGAAGCAGAAUCUACUGAGCUUGUUUCUUUCUUCGCUGCAACUUAAAAAAAACUCCAUUCUCUAACGGCCGUGUGAUGUGAUGUGAUGUGGCUGAAAUGCUAAAUGCAUUUUGAGUUGAAACUUCUAUUUCCAAUGUAAAGGUAAAAACUUUUCAUGAUUAAAUAUGAAGAUGCUUUUCAAA